ACACCCAAGACACUAUUUUUACACUAGUCAAAAGAUAAUCACCUCUCAAACUCCGUUCAUUCAUUACAAUUUACAGUUCUUUGACUCUUCUUGUAUUCCCACCCUUUCAAAUUGGAUCAAAUCUUCUUUUCUUUUAACCAUUAAACCUGCAAACCCACUAACAAAGAAGGACAACCCAUCUCUCCAAGAAACCAGAAGAUUCCUUUGUUCCCACAUAUAGACCAAACACCCAAAGACGGUAAUGAAAAACAGCUAACGAAACAGACAGAGAAGAAUCCACCACCGGUCCACCACCGACGCCGGGAAUUCCUGUCCUAGAAACCCAUUUGAGAUUUUUGAUUUAUGACAUCACAGAUGAAGCCAAUGUCGCAUAAUGAUAGUGCCCCAUCCACACCAGGCAAGUUCAAGAUCGACAAAUCUCCUUUUGUUCACAACAGGCUUCGAUUGCAUUCUUCUCUGGCCAAGCUCACAUUUUGGUCUUUCAUUUUCCUGACCCUGAUUUUUCUAUUCUUCUAUCGUUCACCGUCCUCCAAUCCACUUCCGGCGGACGCAUCUCGCCGCUCUUUGCGUACCUACAACUGGGGCGGAGCCGCGUGGGAGAAGCGGGUCCGGACCUCCGCCCGGAUCCGGUCCCGAAAUGGGAUCUCCGUUCUGGUUACAGGGGCUGCUGGAUUCGUGGGCACCCAUGUCUCCGCCGCGCUUAAAAGACGCGGAGAUGGCGUUUUGGGGCUCGACAAUUUCAAUGAUUACUACGAUCCUUCCUUGAAACGCGCUCGUCAGGCUCUUCUUGAAAGGUCCGGAGUCUUCAUUGUUGAAGGUGAUAUCAAUGAUGCAGCUUUGUUGAGGAAGCUUUUCGAGGUUGUGGCAUUUACGCACGUGAUGCAUUUAGCUGCUCAGGCUGGGGUCAGAUACGCCAUGGAGAAUCCUAGCUCAUAUGUGCAUAGCAACAUUGCCGGGCUUGUUAAUCUCCUCGAGGUCUGCAAAUCUGCGAACCCACAGCCGGCAAUCGUGUGGGCAUCUUCAAGCUCUGUUUAUGGACUCAACACAAAGGUUCCUUUUUCAGAGAAGGAUAGAACUGACCAGCCAGCGAGUCUCUAUGCAGCUACUAAGAAAGCUGGGGAGGAGAUUGCACACACUUACAAUCAUAUCUAUGGACUUUCCCUAACUGGGUUGCGGUUUUUCACCGUUUAUGGUCCUUGGGGACGACCAGAUAUGGCGUAUUUCUUCUUUACCAAGGAUAUUUUGAAGGGAAAGUCAAUAUCCAUUUUUGAGGCGGCUAAUCAUGGCACGGUUGCCAGGGAUUUCACUUACAUUGACGAUAUUGUGAAGGGUUGUUUGGCAGCAUUGGAUACUGCAGAGAAGAGUACAGGCAGUGGAGGGAAGAAGAAGGGACCAGCUCAAUUGAGAGUUUUCAAUUUAGGAAAUACAUCACCAGUGCCAGUUUCAGACAUGGUUAGCAUUUUGGAGAGGCUUUUGAAGGUGAAGGUGAAGAGGAACAUAAUAAAAUUGCCAAGAAAUGGAGAUGUGCAGUUUACACAUGCUAAUAUUAGUUCAGCACAGAGGGAGCUUGGGUAUAAGCCCACCACGGAUCUCCAGUCAGGAUUGAAGAAGUUUGUGAGGUGGUACGUGAGUUACUAUAAGGAUGGGAAGAAGGCUGCGGAACGAUGAUUGGAUUCUUUGGGUGGUAUUGGAUCUCACGGUACUCUGCUUGCUUUUGGAGAAUGGAUUUUGAAAAAGGAAUUGAUCGCGAUUGUGAGCCUCUCUCCCCUUCUGCUUGGCGCGUAUAUUUGUUUUUUAUUGGUUUUUUUUUGCCUGGUUUAGUAGCAUAAAGGUGUAUGAGUCCUUGAGCAGAUUCAAUGUGGUCUUUUUGCAGUCAUUUGGGUGCAAGAUCUGAUAUCGAUGGAUUCUCGGGCAAUUUUGUUUUCCUUAUGCUCUUCUGCACAAUCAAUCUUUUUCUUCUAAUGUUAGUUAUCUGGUUGCUGCAUUUUUUUCUGAGACAUGUAAACCAGUCAGACCUGGUGACCUCAAAGAAUCUAAGGCAGGCAGGCAGCAGGUCUCAUUGCAUUGUAUUGAAUAGUAUUGAACGCAGAUGGAACCAUGAACUUCGUGUUUGCUUCCA